AUGGCUACUCACGAAGCUGGAAUGUUCCUCAGUAUCAUCAAGAGCGACACCAAAAAGCGCAAAUCGUUCCAAAAAGAGGUGCUUCCUGCUGUAGCUGCUACCACUGGAGACGUCCAAUUGUUCCUCAGCAGCAUCAGUGAUGACUUCAGCGAUUUCAAAGCCAACAUGUCACACUUUUCAAACGCUAUCAUGGCAGCUGUGGUCUCGGAUGAGAUUAAGAUGCUCAAUGCCGUCCUGAGUCGUAUCGAAGUUGCAUUUCGAAAAGUGAUGUGCCACCAUGUCACUGUUGGCAAAGGCAUCCGGCAGGCACUCGCUCAUACACUUCGGACCUAUAGAACCAACAGAACAAGCAUGAUUCUUUAUGGAGUUCUGACGCAUCCGACUUUUGUGUCCGUCGACUUCACGCUGGGAGACCUCUUCAAACUCUGCGUGACAAACAACGCAAAGUUCAUCGUUCCUAUCAUUCAAAACACUCGAAGACAACAGUGGCUGGGUGGCUGUACUGACACCGAGCAACGUAGCAGCCUUCGGCAGAAAGAGGUCAAGUUCUUGUUCGAACACGGGAGCAAAUGGUUUGUCUGUCGGCUCAUCGAGCAGGGCACGGUCGGCAUCGACUCCAUUGGAGGAACGAGACCUCUCGCUAUCGCUCUAAAGCUAGGACGUUAG